AUGUCGCUCAUCGCCCUCGAAGAAGCUUUCAAUAUCCCCUCCUUGGCGGAGCAGUCGGCCUAUCAGGCGCGGCUCUUCGUUGCCGAUGGUAACGGACAGGCCCACGCAGACCGUCUGGUCGACAUUCACGGCGAGCGACUGGCCAAGAUGGAGAAGCACGGCGUUGCUCACACCAUCCUUUCGCUCACUGCUCCUGGUAUUCAGGAUUUUGAUGAGCCCAAGGCAGCAGCAUCGGCAGCCAAGGAGGUCAACGAUUGGGUCUACCAGCAGGUGCAGAAGAAUUCGAAGCGGUUCAGCGCGUUUGCUUCGCUCUCGAUGCAUAAUCCUAAGGACGCCAGCGAGGAGUUGAGACGCUGCGUCAAGGAGCUCGGCUUUGUCGGAGCGCUCGUCAACGACAACCAGCGUCUCCCUAACGAUGAGGCUGCAUGGUACGACCAGCCCGAGUGGGAUGAGUUCUGGAAGACGGUCACCGAGCUCGACGUUCCUUUCUACCUUCACCCGAUCGCACCCAAGGGUGAGAUUCACCGCCGCAUCUACAAGGACCGUGCUGCCCUCAUUGGACCCGUUCUCUCGUUUGCCAACAACGUCUCUGCACAUCUGCUCGGUAUGAUCGUCAACGGCGUUUUCGACCGUCACCCGAAGCUCAAGAUCAUUGUCGGUCACCUCGGAGAGCACAUUCCAUUUGACCUAUGGCGUAUCAACCACUGGCUCGAGGAUGUCCACAAGCCACGUGGCGCCGUCUCGAUGAGGAAGACCAUUCGCGACUACUUCAACGAGAACAUUUGGGUCACAACUUCGGGUCACUUCUCCACCUUGACGCUCAAGUACGUUCAGGACGAGAUUGGCAUUGACCGCAUCCUAUUCUCGAUCGACUACCCUUAUGAGAAGUUUGAGGAUGCCUGUGACUGGUUCAAGACACUGGAUGGAAAGUUCUCCGCAGAAGAUCUUGCCAAGAUCAGCCACGAAAACUCGCAAAAGCUUUUCCCUCAUCUGCGUUCUUAG